UUUUUAUCUUGGCUACCAGGCAAAAGAAAAAUCAUAUAAAUAAUUAAAAUUAGAAAGAGUUAAUAUCAAAAAUCUUAUUAUAAAGAGCAAGUUUUGAAUAUAAGUAAAACAGACAUAAGAGAUAAAAUGAAUACCAACGAAUACAUAGACUAAUUCGAUUAAAAUAAAAAUAUGGGAGCUUAUUACGAUAGCAAUGGUUAUGCUAUGUAAAACUAGUAAUAAAUGGAUUAAACCUACCAAAACCCUCAAAACGAAAUUAAGGAAGGUGGUGAUCUACUUAAAAUUAACAAUACUUAAAUUUUGAUCCGUAGAUAGGAAAAUACAGUCGAUUUAAAACUCUUUGUCGGUUAACUACCAAAGACAUGGGAAAAAGAGCAAGUUAAAGAUUUCUUUUCUAAAUUCGGCAGAAUUUAUGAAGUUUAGAUUAUUAGAGACAAUAAGGGAUAACACAAGGGUUGCGCUUUUGUUAAAUUUGCUUCAAUGACUGACGCAGAAAAAGCUAUUGAAGCUGUAAAAAACACCACCUUUCCAGGAAUGAAGAAUAACGUUGAAAUUAAAUGGGCUGACAACGAAGAAGAAAGACUUGGUGUCAACUAAGACUCUGACCAUAAAUUAUUUAUUGGUUCUCUUCCUAAGUCUUGCACUGAAUAAAAUAUUAAAGAUAUCUUUGAAUUUUUUGGUGAAAUUGAAGAAUUACACCUUAUGAAGGAUAACUAGUAAAACACAAGAUAAGCAUUUUUAAAAUUCAAACAAAAAGAAAAAGCUCACCUUGCUAUCAGAAACUUAAACUCUCAAGUCUACAUCAAUGAUGCUGAAAAUCCAAUUGAAGUUAGAUUCGCUAAGAAAUAUGUUAAGCAAGAAAAGCCAAAUCCUACUCCAGCUCCUAAACCUGACCCUGCUCCUGCUCCUUAGCAAAUCAGCUGGUAAAAAGUAUACUUCAAAUACUACACUGAAGAGAAUGAACCUUACUACUUCCAUCCUCUUCUAAAUACUAGUGCCUUUGACAAACCUGGUCCUGGAAGCUUGAUUUUAGAUAUUGAUGGAAAUCAAGAAUACAUAGAUAACAACCCUAGACCUACAAGAAACGAACCUGUUGUUAUUAAUGAUAGAAAGGAUGUUUAUGGCAAAAAGCAUGGACCUCCUGGAGCCAAUCUUUUUAUAUUCCACUUGCCCAAUGACUACAGAGAUUCCGAUUUAGAAAAACUCUUUUCAGAAUAUGGUGAGGUAAUUUCUGCUAGAGUCAAUACAAGACCUGAUGGAACAAGCAAAGGAUUUGGUUUCAUUAGUUAUAACCACCCAUCUUAGGCAGAGGCUGCAAUCACUGCUCUCAACGGACUCUAGAUUAAAAAUAAGAGACUAAAAGUUGAAAUAAAAAAAGAAGGAAUGGAUAACAAUGGAAACAUGAAGCAAUCCAACCCUGGAUCUUUAAACCAAACUUCUUUCCAUCCAUUCUGA